UAACCACAUGACCGGGCACCUCAGCCAAUGGGAGUACAGGGCUCAGAUUUCAGCCCAGGAGGAGAGAGGGGGGACAGAGAGAGGGAGAAAGAGAAAGAGACUGGCAGGCUUUUUUAGUCUGUGCUCAUGGGCUGGACAGUCUACUCUCAGCCGGUAGUGACAUGACAGAGCUUCUUCUCCACACGCUCUCCUGUUGUGGAUUAUCUGUGUUUUGUUUUUUGGAUUGUUUGGAUGGCAAAUUCUGAGGGGAAAAGGAUUUCCACCUCUGGGGUAAUUCCACAGCUGUGUCCUGGCACAGAGUGAAGAGAGGAAGAGGAGGAGGAGGAGGAGGAGGAGGAGGAGUAAGAAGAAGAGGGAAGACAUCAGCAGCUUUUUCCCCUCAUCUUUGCCUUUCGCAGGCGUUUUGCUUUAUAUGGGAGGAUGGGGGCUGGAGCUCUGACCAUCUGUCACAACAAGACGGCGGUGCAGGUCAAAGAAGACAUGAAGAAGAUGGUGCAGAUCCCCAUGCUGAGACCCAGGAUGUUGUCAGCGAAGCACACCAAGCUGUUUGGAGCGUCCCUGUUUGAGCUGCGACAGAGGGGCCUGGUGGAGGACGGCGUGCCUCUGGUGGUGCAGAGGAUGGUGGAGCACCUCAACAAACAUGCCCUGCAGCAGGAAGGCCUGUUCCGAGUGAAUGGGAACGUCCGGGCUGUGGAGACCCUGAAGCAGCGGCUGGAGGGAGGCGAGGACGUGGACCUUCUCUCUGAAUCCGACACGUGCACGGUGGCCAGUUUGCUGAAGCGGUAUCUCAGGGAGCUGCCAGAGGCUCUGGUGGACUCAACAGUCCAGCAGGCUCUAAUACAUCACUACCAAGAGUGCGGUGAAGAUGGCUCCUGGUCAGAUAUGAGAGACCUGCUCCAGCAGCUUCCAGAUGUUCACUUCAGCCUCCUCCGCUACCUCUGCUACUUCCUUACACUUGUGGAGUGCAACCACAAGGACAACCUCAUGACUGCCCUCAACCUCGCCACCGUGUUUGGACCCAGCGUCUUCCAUGUGGCUCCUGGGUUUGAAGCCAUGAAGGACCAAAAUAUCUGUAACAAGCUCAUGCUCAAGCUCAUCCAGAACUACAACAGCAUAUUUGAGGGCGACAAAAAAAAAGGAGGCUGCUCUGAUGAACCAUCGACCCUCAUCAUUGACGAGGAGGCGCACGUGACGGAGACAGACACAAUGAAGGCACCCAGCCACCUCAAUGCAAAGACACCGACACCAGUUCCCAGGACAAAAGUUGGAAAAAAAGAUGUACCAGAAAACGUUCCGGGACCUUUAAGCAAAUCCACCUCUAACACUUCAAAGCCAAGAUCAAGGAGGAAGAAGGUGAAGAAAGGGAAGAGUGACAGCAUGCCUGACGUUGUCCUUCAGCCCAGCCGCUCUGCACGGUCGCCUCAUGUGAUACCUCGCUCCUUUCCAAUAGUUUUGCCGCUAAGCUCUGAACUCAGAAGCCCGAGUCCAGAGGCGAUGGAGACAACUCCCGUAACUCUGGCUCGCCGAGUCACCCCAGACCCUGCCUCGCGUCCCAGCCAUCCUGAUGUCAGCCCCUCUGGUAGCAUGGAGGCCGUCAGUAGUUCCCAAGAAGAAGAGAGGCCAAUAUCUCCCUUCUACAUGAGUAACCACCUCUCCCCUGUCCACUGCAGACCAGAUGUGGUGAAUUUUCUGGACAGGACCAUACGAUCAGCGGUAGAGCAGCACCUCUUUGACGUGGACCCUGAACGGGAUCAAAGUUCAAAGGAGUGUGAAUUAACAUCUCCAAAGGUGACGCCAACUGCGCGACAGAGACGGCGACACCAGAGAGAGCAGCAGGAGGAAGGACUCAGACAACGAGAGAGGAACGGAGCUGUGUCCAUUACGGCAGACACCAACAAGGAGAACAUCCCGUCGAGCUGUAGUAGCAGCUCGGGCAGCGUGGGGGAGGACGCAGGCAGCGGCAGCAGCAGUGUGGACUCGCAGGGAGGCCCGACCGCUCGCACUGAGCGGACCCCCAAACCCAGGAAGUCAAAACACAGUCCCACGCUGCUGCUGCUCAAAGACAAUCGGGAUGCACACACAGUAAAGGAGUGCGUUGAUGAGAGACCUGGACCAAAGCACAUGGAUACAUCUCAGACUGGGUAUGGGAUUUCAAGAAAAGAUGGUCUUCCUUCUCCUCAACAGACGUUAAGGAUGAAGAUCCAGGAGUCGCCUGUCUCUUGUGACACGGGGAGGGUCAGCAGCGGAGAGGUGCGGGACUCGGACUGCGAGAGGACGAGCCGCGAGGAUGUCCCCCGGCUGGACCUGACAGCACUGACCGAGGACGACAACUGGGGAGAGUCUUCAUUCUUUAACAUCCCUUUCCUUGAUUUUAAAAGCAUUUUCAACCCAAGUUGCUGUGAUGAACCUGUCCCAGCGUACUCAUCAAUGCAGAGGGAGAGCAUGGACCGUGAGGAAGCUCGACCGUCCCCUCACGCGGGGGGGCGACUGAUCCGCCAGCUGCUGGAGGAAAACAGCGACCCCAUGCUGUCCCCUCGCUUCUACACCUACGGACACUGCCAGCAGUAUCUGGACGACACUGAAGUGCCUCCAUCACCGCCAAACGCACACUCGUUUGUCAGUCGCAGACGGAGUUCAUCGCUCGGCUCCUGUGACGACGAGAAAGAGGAGAUGACAUCGGCUCAGCUCACCAAGAGGGUUCACAUCCUGAAGAAGAAGAUCCACAGAUUUGAGGAGAAGUUUGAAGAGGAGCGAAAGUACAGGCCCUCCCACAGUGACAAAGCUGCAAACCCAGAAGUGCUGAGGUGGCAAACUGAACUGGCUAAAGUUCGCAGAGAGCUCAAAGAGAGCAAGUUGAUGAAGUCUGAGGAGGACCUGCCGCCGAUGACCCGUCAACGCAGCAACACUUUGCCCAAAAGCUUCGGCUCUCAGCUGGAGAAGAAGCCGCAGCAGGAGAAGGUGCCGAAGCCGCCGGUGGAGAGCACGCUGGAGACGAUUCUAAAGAAGCUGCAGGAGAAGAGGGAGGAGGUGAACCGCCCCGAGGACAUCAAGGAUAUGACCCGGGAGCAGAUCGGAGCAGAGAAAGUCGCCCUGCAGAAAGCGCUCCUCCAAUACGAGAGCAUACACGGACGACCAGUCACCAAAAGUGAGAGGCAAAUCAUGAAGCCGCUCUACGACAGAUAUCGCCUGGUCAAGCAGAUCCUGUGCAGAGCCUCCACCAUCCCUGUCAUUGGCUCCCCCUCCAGCAAGCGCAGAGGGCCGCUGCUUCAGCCCAUUAUCGAGGGCGAAACCGCGCUCUUCUUCGAUGACAUCAAGGAGGAGGAGGACGGCUCCGAGGACGACGGCGACUCCAGGACUCAGUUCGCCGUGACCGUGCGGCCGGACGUCAGCACGCUCGGCUUCCUCGACCACAUGGAGGAGGAGGCGGACGGCUUCAUCUCACCAGUGGACGAGCUCUCGCCGUCUCAGAACACAACGGACAUGAGGCUGUCCAACCUCCACUCCGCCACCAUGCCGGAGCUGGUGGAGCAGCUCCAGGAGACCAGAGAGGAGAAGAAGAGGAUCCGCAAAAACCUGAAAGAGUUCGAGGACCAGUUCUUCAGACAGAACGGAAGAAAUGUGCAGAAGGAGGACCGCUCCCCGUUGGCAGUGGAGUACAACGAAUACAAGCACGUCAAAGCCAAACUGCGGCUGCUGGAAGUCCUCAUCAGCAAGAGAGAGUCGUUCAAGCUCAUCUGAGGAAAAAAAGAAAAUAAAUAAAUGACGGACAGUUGCUUAGUGUCACACACACACACACACACACACACACACACACACACACACACACACACACACACACAUCUCACAGCUGCAGGAGAUUUUCCUUCUCUGCCGCCAUCUGCGCUGCUCGUGUCUCUGGACGCAGCCUGUUAGUCCGUUCUGUCGAGCACAGCUGGCUUCUUCCUCCUAACUGGAACUGUCAGGAGGAAACUGAUCCAGAGCCUGCUUCACCUGAGAACUUCUUUCACCUUCACAAGAGACUUCAGCAGCACACACACACACACACACACACACACACACACACACACACACACACACACACACACACACACACACAGACACACGUAACCUGAAUCAGACCUGUACUGCUAAUAAUUUAUUUCUAUUCUUAUGAAUAUUUUUAUCUGAACAGAAGUAAUUUUCCGCGCGCUUUACUGUAGAAGUCUUAAAAUAAAUAACUUGUAAGUCAAAUUAAAUAGAAAAUUCCUGCUAUUUUUAAAAGAAGGGUUUUUGCGAUCAAGAGUUGUGUAUUAUUUUUGUAAGGGAGACGUUACUAUAUACUUGUAUAAACUUCAAUCGGCUGAACAGUUCGCUCUGAGCCGAUCGCUUUCUUCAUUUCCGUUCAGACCGUUAUAUGAUGAUGUCUGAAAUAAUCUACUGUUGCUUCUCUGGAAGUUAAAUUGAGUCUUUGCUCACUAAAAGAAGUGGUUUCUAAUUUCCCCACGACCCAAAGACACUCAGAGAACAAACCGAACCAAACUGGUUCAUUAUAUUCGAUUAAAAAAAAUGUAUUUUUCUUGGUCACUGGUACAGAACUAAACAUUUGACUGUAUAUUUAUCUAUUGACGAGCUUUUUCCGCCCAUUUCCUUUGUGUCCAAUAAGCUAUUUUGUCUUCUUGAAUCACUGGUAUGUUUGAGCUCCGAACUGAGGUUGUUCUGAGACGAGGACAGAGGUGGUGGCUCCUGCGUCUCCUCCUCGUCCUCUCCAGAGCUCCUUCUCUUCUUCUGUAAAUACUGAUCACUGUGUAUGUUUACAUUUCUGUGAGCGAGUACUUAUUUCUUUUCUUUCUCCAAAAUGGAUGAUUAUCGGUGUGAAUUUGGUUUUCGCUGAAUUCAAACACUGGCAAGGCUUAAUGAGUUUUGAGUGUGUACAUUUUAGUACAUAAAUUGUAUUUGUAUUUUGUACAUAUUAUGAAUGAAAUCAUAUUUUUACUGAA